UUCUGGAAAGUGAGCCGCUGAGAUUUUGUCGCUGCUCGUUUCUUCUUCUUCUAGAGAAUCAACCCGCGGACACACGUCUCGUAAGGGGACACACAACACAACACCAGUGGGGACUCUUUGCGCGUUUGUUGUGUUGUUUUUUUCCCGUCUUUUGUGGGUCUGCUUUUUUUUUUUUAUUAUUUUGUGUGUGUGUCGUUUUUUUGGGGGAGAAAAACGAGACAACACAUCCGAUUCCAGUGUUGGAAUUGUAGAUAUGCGCUUUGUUAGAACUAUGCCAGCACGAAGCCCUAGGGACUCGCUGUGUGUUGCAGACCUGGACAGCUAACACAACACACCGCGGGACAGACACACACAAGUCCUCGGCUGGGAGACACUUGUAGAAUGUCUUCGGAUCACUUGUGUUGCUGAGAGUCGUCGACACUGAUCCCAGUGAAACCAAAAACAACAAUCGGACACAAAAUAACAAAAAAAAAGUUUUGGGGGAAUUGGCCCAAAACUUUUGAUUUUUGAAGUUUCGGGACUUUUGAGUAGUUUUUUUGGGACUUUUGUCACCAUGGACCAGGGCCAGCACAACCCUCCUGCGGGACACCAGAUCGUCCAUGUCCGCGGAGACUCGCAGACCGACCUGGAGACGCUGUUCAGCGCCGUGAUGAACCCGAAGGGAACCGUCAUCCCGCAGUCCGUGCCCAUGCGCAUGAGGAAGCUGCCCGACUCCUUCUUCAAGCCUCCAGAACCAAAGUCCCAUUCCAGACAAGCCAGCACUGACGCUGGGAGUGGCGUGGCCCUCACCCCCCACCAUGUCCGCGCCCACUCGUCCCCGGCCUCCCUGCAGCUGGGCGCCGUCUCGGGGGGGUCCCUGGUGGGCAUGCCCCCGGCCGGCUCCCCGGGACACCUCCGUCAGUCCUCCUACGAGAUCCCGGACGACGUGCCCCUUCCUCACGGCUGGGAGAUGGCGAAGACCAGCUCGGGCCAGAGAUACUUCCUCAAUCACAUCGAUCAGACCACCACUUGGCAGGACCCUCGCAAAGCGCUGCUCCAGAUGAACCAGGUUGCAGCUCCGCCCAACAACUCCCUGCCGGUCCAGCAGCAGAAUCUAAUGACCCCAGCUAGUGGUUCUCUCCCUGACGGCUGGGAACAAGCUAUUACGUCAGAGGGAGAAAUCUACUACAUCAACCACAAGAACAAGACCACGUCCUGGCUCGACCCGCGACUCGACCAACGCUACGCCCUGAACCAGAGGAUCUCCCAGAGUGCUCCGGGCAAGGCCGGCCAGCUGCCGCCCAGCAUCCACAGCGCCGUCAUGGGCAGCAACAACCAGAUGCGGCUGCAGCAGAUCGAGAAGGAGCGGCUGCGGCUGAAGCAACAGGAGCUGCUCCGGCAGAGACCACAGGAGCUCGCUCUGAGGAACCAGCUGCCGACCAGCAUGGAGCAAGAUGGCAGCACCAACCCGGUGUCCUCGCCCAUGGCCCAGGACGCCCGCACCAUGACCGCCAACAGCUCCGACCCAUUCCUCAACAGCGGGACUUACCACUCCAGGGACGAGAGCACAGACAGCGGCUUGAGUAUGAGCAGCUACAGCGUCCCUCGCACUCCAGAUGACUUCCUGAACAGCGUGGACGAGAUGGACACAGGGGACUCUCUCCCGCCCUCCAUGGGGACGCAGCCCAGCCGCUUCCCGGACUACCUGGACGCCAUCCCGGGGACGGACGUGGACCUGGGCACCCUGGAGGGGGAGAGCAUGGCGGUGGAGAGCGAGGAGCUGAUGCCCAGCCUGCAGGAGGCGCUGAGCUCCGACAUCCUCAACGACAUGGAGUCCGUGCUGGCAGCUACCAAGAUCGACAAGGAGAGCUUCCUCACAUGGUUAUAGAAGGCCCGGGCGGGGGGGUAGCGCCCUUCCUUCCUCCUCCUCCUCCUCCUCCUCCUCCCGACACUCUGGACCUGCUGCCUGCUCUGAUCUGUGAAGGAGUUCCCCAGAAGCCUUUUACAAGACGUUUCAGCGAAGGCCUCUCUGGACUUCUGUCUCGGGCGUUUUAAAGGCCGACCUCCUUUUUUUAAAAAUGUUUUCCCGAGGCAGCGUCGCUCUGUUCUUCUCUCUUCACUGGUGUGUUGUCUCCUUUUUAUUUUUGUCUGUGUCUUCAAGGCUGGCCCAUGAACAGACAAUUACGCAAGGGUCCCCGAAUCUUUCACAGCUCUGUCCGUGAAUCUAGGGCAUCUCCACCUAGGGCAGGGGUCGCAGGGGUCGCCCUGUCCCCUGGUCGCCCCCCCACCCACUCCUCUGCAAAGACUGCUCAUCCGUUAUCACCUGGGGUUCUGCGGUGCCUCCCUUUUUUUUAUUUCUUGCAGCACUACUCCACUG